GUGUGCAUAGUUGGCACAGAACGCAACUCCCCGAUUGAGGAAAUCAUUCCGUUUGAAAGCUUCGAGCUAAUCAGAGAAAGAGAGAGACUUGUAAAUAUUAAUACAAAAAUGAUCGCCUUACGUUACGCUGUGCUGAUUGUGGCCUUAUUCAGCGCGACGAUCAUUGCUCGCAACAUUCCGGAUGCUGGAAAAUCGCCAGAAGUAGAGCUAAGCCAACCGGAAGGUUCCCUUCAGAGGCAACGAGUUGCCAGAGGAGUUGGCGCAGUGGCUGCCGGGGUUGUUGGAACCGGGGCGGCCGUAGUUGGUGUCGUGGACAGUUACAACAACGAUGGAUUUGCCAAAAAGGCGGCCGAUUGGUUGGGAACGGCCUUUAUCGAUGUUGCUAAGGCGCAUCAAGAGUUCGGAGAGAAGGGAAUCUUCGGAAUCGUACAGGAAUCUCGCGAUCGGCAGGCAGAGGAAGAGAGAAGAAGGGCAGCGGAUGAAGAAAGAGCUAGACAACAGCAGCAGCCGAGCCAGACCGAAUGUCACUGGGGUGAUUGGUGUGUCAAUUGACAGAAUUUUAAGCGACCAUUACAUAGCGUAAUUCACUAAGUAUGUUCUAACAAAUUUCAUACUGCCCGAAUAAAGGUUUUCCAGAGAAAAUUCAAUGCAA